UUCUUUACCUCUAAUACAGAAAAAGCUUUUCAAAAGCCAACAUGUGACGUCCUUGGCCCUUCAUUUUCCAUCAUUUCUUAUUUCUCAACCCCUAACCUUUAGCAAAACUUCACCGGAGAAACCGAUUUCGGUCGACGGCGGACAUGUCGGCUUCCCGUGAUCAACAAGGUUGUGGAUGUUGUGGUGGCAUCUUCAGUUUGGGUCUUUCUGCAGUUUUCUUGUGGCUAUGGAUACAUACUUCAAACCCCAGAUGCUCCAUUCAAACUCUUUCCUUACCUUCACUCAGCAGAGCCUCAAACCUCACAACUGACCCUACCUUAAGCCUCUCGCUAAGGUUAGUGAACCCGAACCAGCUCAAAGGGAUCCAGUAUGAUCUUCUGAACGUCACGGUUUAUGAUUUUCCGAACAAAAGUAACGUCGUAGGUAACAUUUCGAUGCCGGGAUUUUACCAGGGCUAUGCAAAGAAGGCUUCAAAGCUUGGUCAAGGGAUAGCUAACAUGACGGUGGCUUUACCGGCGAUAUCGGAGAACGGAAAGGGAGUUUUCCGGGUGCAGAUGGCGACGGCGGUGAAGUUUAAGACCAUAUAUGGGUAUUCGAAGAGGCAUAGGAUUAGGGUGGGAGCAGAUGUGGUGGUCAACGCUAGUGGUGUUAAGGUUGGUCCUAAAGGGAUCAGGCUUAGGUCGAUGGCACCGAAGAUGGGAAGUUCUUGUGUGGUGCUUCUGGGAGCUUUGGUGCAUUUCUUGGUCUUCACUUUGCUUCACUUUUGGUGAGUUGUUGCUUUACUGUUUUCGAUGUUGACAGCAAGUUAAUUAUUUGUGUUUGAGGCUCGGAAAUUUUUUAACUUGAGUCGUAACAGUUUACAUGUACUGAUAUAUUGGAAUGUAAAUGAGUUUACCA